GCACGCGAUAGGCUCCUCGCCUUAUCCCCGUAAACUACUAACAUGACAUCUCAAUGCUUGUCUCUCCGUGAACAGUUCUGGUCGGUAUUGUGCUGGACUGCCAGCAUUUGAGAAUAGCCCUGGUAAAUGAGACGGUGGUGGGUCAAGUUCAGUGGGAGAGGGUCCGCGCCCUUUGCUUUUAUUUUUACGUUCUUGUGUUGUACUUAGCAGAAACAAAAGGAAUAAGCAAACCAUAACAAACGUAGUCCUCCGUAUGUCGAUAGUCUACAUUUUAUUUGCAUUUUAUCAGUGAAUAGUUAUAUUGCAGUUUUACCUUUAAAUGCAAAAAACGAUCGGUGGACGUCAGGCACUUUUCAAAGAAAUCAAUCGAACACUCAACCAUCCGAGGAGCGAUUUAUUAUUACCAACGGAAGAUCGAACAUGUUCGAAACAAGAGGAAUCCCAUUCAUUCUCUUAGACAUAGCGUGUCUUAUACUUGCUGGACUCCCAUUCACAAUACUCACACUGCUACACAAUCCAUUCAAACGAGGAUUUUUCUGUAACGAUGAUUCAGUCAAGUACCCCUUUAAAGAAGACACCAUAUCCUAUCAGUUGUUAGGUGGGAUAAUGAUUCCCUUCACAGUGCUUGCUAUGAUCUUUGGGGAGUGCCUUUCAGUGUAUUGUAAGCGUGUCAAUUCAAAGUCAUCUUUUGGCAAUAGCUAUGUGGCCUGUGUUUAUAAGGCAGUGGGCACUUUUUUAUUUGGUGCUGCUAUGAGCCAGUCCCUGACUGACAUUGCCAAGUACGCGAUCGGUCGGCUGAGGCCACAUUUCUUGGAUGUGUGCAAGCCAGACCAGUGGGACCAGAUCUGCAAAGUCGAUGUCUACGUCGAAAAUUUCAACUGCACCGGCGACAAGACCAUGGUCAAUGAGGGCCGGCUCUCCUUCUAUUCUGGUCACUCUUCCUUCUCCAUGUACUGCAUGCUUUUCCUAGCACUUUAUAUUCAGGCCAGGCUUCAGGCCGAGUGGGCCCGGCUGCUCCAGCCCACCCUCCAGUUCUUCCUGGUCGCUGCCUCUGUGUACGUGGGCCUCUCCCGCGUGUCGGACUACAAGCACCACUGGAGCGACGUCCUCACUGGCCUGAUCCAGGGAGCCCUGAUGGCCAUACUUAUUGUUGUAUUUGUGUCUGAUUUCUUCAAAAAGCCAGUGGUGCCAGCAAAAGAGGAGGAAAUACCACACACCAGUUUACAGGAAACCCCCACUAAUGGAAACCAUUUUGGCAGUAGCCACUAAGACAAGGAGGACUCAAGUGGACACCCUGUGAAUGUAACCCUGCUUCUCGCUCCCCAGACGGCAUAUACAAGUCUGGAGGCUGAACUCAUUAUGGACUAUGUGUGAUAAUGUCAAAUAUUGCCUUGGCUGGACUGCUAUUACUGCAACCGAAGCACCCUGUGUAUUCCUUUACAAUAAGCACCCAUAUUAUGUACAUGUGCUUGCGAUGAAAACACCUCCAUUUUAACUUUUUUUUUUUACUGUUCCAUAUAUAUAAAAGCAAUAUGCAAAAUUAUUUUUUAUAUUAAAAUAGUUUUAGAAUUUUAUGUACAAAUUUGUGUUUCGCGAUUUUUGAAAAAUUAAAAACCCACUAUGCUUAGUAACACAAAUAAAAAAAAGUCAGCACA